AGACACAGACACAGACACACAGACACAGACACACAGUCACACACAGACACAGACACACAGUCACAGACACACAGACACAGACACACAGUCACAGACACAGACACAGACACAGAGACACACACACACAGACACAGACACAGACACAGACACAGACACACAGACACACAGACACAGACACACAGACACACAGACACAGACACAGACACACAGUCACACACAGACACAGACACACAGUCACAGACACACAGACACAGACACACAGACACACAGACACAGACACAGACACACAGACACAGACACACAUGAUAAUCACGGACGUAGAAACAGUUCUUUCUUUAUCAGGAAGUUUCCUCCUGAACGUGUCAAGAAAAAGAGAAAAAGAGAAAAAUGAUUUCAGAGAAACUGAAGACAUCAUGAAGAUCGUUCAACAAAUAUAUGGACUUGAUUGAACAUGUGACCUGAUCAUCCAGAAACGUUAGAAACAAUCGUUACAUUUCAAAACAGAGGAUGUGGCUCCCUCUGCUGGUCAUGUUUGAUUCCUGCUUCUGUCCAACCUUUAUUUUUAUCUGAUGUGACUGAGGGAGACCCCCCCAGAAUCACAUCACCUCUGUGUGUGUGUGUGUGUGUGUGUGUGUGUGUGUGUGUGUGUGUGAUAUAAGGAGGCCAUGGUGCGUUUCCCUCUGAAGGAGGUCCAGUCGACUCGCACCCAGAGACCGACGUCAGGCUCCAGUUACCCGUAUGUGGAGAUCAUGAUAGGAGACCUGCUGAACCAGAGCAUCACUCAGCUACAGCUGGAGCAGGUAGGUGUGUGUGUCUGUGUGUGUGUGUGUGUGUGUUUGUGAUUGUGUGUGUGAGUGUGAGUGUGUGUGUGUUUGUGUGUGUCUGUGUGUGUCUGUGUGUGUGUGUGAUAUGAUAUUUGUUUGUGUAUUUCUCUCCCUCUAACUGCUGUUUUGGUGUAUGUUUGUGUGUGUUUGUGUGUGUGUUUGUGUGUGUGUCUGUUUGUGUGUGUUUGUGUGUGUGUUUGUGUGUUUGUGUGUGUGUUUGUGGUCUGCAGGGUCUGGAGUUGUGCAGAGUCGUCGCCAUGCACAUGGAGAACAUGUUGUCUGUCAGAGAGAAGAGACUGACUUUACCACCGAGUGAAAUCACGCUGUUAUAGAGCAGAGAGACGUCUUCACUCACAGUCUGAAGGUCAUCUGUUCUUCUGAAGAUCUGAGCAGGUGGUGCUGAUGUUGAUGACUGCACCUUUAAUCUGGUUGGGGUUAAAUUGUAAAAAGUUUUGACAUAAAACUACAAAGUCAAAGUUAUUCUGUUCAGUUUACUAUGACAAAGAGAUCAGCUGAUGUUUGCAUGAAACUCCUCGAUUUUGACACACUUGAUCCUAAACUGAUAGAUUAAUAAUCCGGGAUUAUCAAUCUGAACCCAGACUGAACUCCUUCAUGUUUUAGUUUGAUUCUUCUCUGCCAUCAUAGAGAAAAUCUGUAAACAGAAAAAUGACCUUUAACCCUGAAAUGUGGAUUUUAAAGGACAGGAUUUGGUUCCUGCACCGCAGUCUGAUCUUUACAAGGAACCUGAAGAUGUUUGAGGUUGGAACAUUUUUAACGUUUUCCACCCUGGACCUUCAUGCAAACGUUGGAAAACCAUUUGAAUUUAAACCGUAGAUAAAAAAGAACGACAGACUGGAUUUAUUUAGAAAUCUUCAGGUUUGUCAGAUUACAGGAUAAUAAAUGAAACUCGUUUUACAGCCACAUCAGGAGAUUUUUGUACCAGUGAAGAGGAUCAUUUUUACAGUUCAUCAAUAUUUAGAUAAUAAAAAGCAGUUGUGAAAGAAAAGUGAAGAUGCACAUUAAAGUCUGUAGAAUUAUCUUAAUGUGUGAAUCUGAUUAUUUCUGAGCUCAUGUUUCUGAUGUUUGUUUUACUUGGUGUCUUCAAAGAAAAAUAGAAAUAUAUUCUGUCAGCUUUUGUGUGUUUUAAGAAGUUAUCUGUUUGAAAUCAGUCGUUUCAUAAAUCACUGAAAACUAAUUAAAUUAAAUAAAUUAAAUUACCUGAAGACUAAAGGUCCUUACACUCCGGGGCCGACGUGAAUUUAGAACAGAAAUUAUAUUUGGAGGUGAAUUUUGACGCGCCUGACUAAACACGUCAAACCUGAUGAGAUUUUGUUUGUUUGUGUUUUUUGGACAGACGUUCACCUUCUGAAAAGAAUAUUUCCUUUCCUGGAAAAGAAUCCGAGCUGCAGCUUUUAUGUACUGGAGGGGCAUCAGGAGGACGUCCAGAGGGAAUAAUGGCCCCAGAUAAGCCCGAUAAAGCAUAUCUGUCAUCUGUCUUACACAUUUAAAGUCGUUUACCGUCAUUAAA